CUCCAGCCUGCCAGGGGGCCAGCCUUGUUAUGAUAACUACAUGUCUAAUGUAUGUGUAUUAACACUACAUAUAGCUGGGGAGUGGUGUAUUGGAUGUAGUGGUUGGGACGUUCAGCUGCUCCCUGUCGGCUGCUUCAUGUAAAACAUACCAACGAGGAAGAAAAGGGGGAAAAGGAAGCGGAGUGUGUCAGGGUUGUUCAUGUUGCUCGGAGGAGGAAGUGGUAUGCAGCUCAGGCGGGGCUGUUCCUCCCUCUGUCCCGCAGCUAUCAGGCAGUCUCCUCUGUUUAUAUGUACACAGACAACGUAGGCUCAUCCGAGGCUCGUAUUGUGGAAGUAUCUCUCCCCGGUUAUGCCCCAACGGCUCAGCUGAACACGGUUAACGGCUGACUAACGGCUGACUAACGGCGGACGAUGGCUUCGGUGCGGAUGGUCGCCAAAGUUACGGCGAGACUUUUGGGAAGUAUUCAGCCUCUCCACUGCUGCGGACUGAAAAACACCCGUCCGGUUACGUUUCUACAGCAGGUUCAACAGAGGCCAUCUCUGCUUGGAAAUUGUCCAGCUCCUUUCUACAGCACCCUCGCACCCUCCAGUGACGUGUCUUUGAGGUACAAAUAUGGCCGUUUGGUUCUGGAGGUCCCGUUGCCCUCCAGGAAUGAGAAGUGUCUGUUCUUCCUCAGACCCAUGCUGAUGAGCGUGGGAGACCUGAUCGCAGAUCUGCAGAGAGAGGACUCCGGAGCCACGACCUCCAUUUUCUCCAAGGAUGGAGAGCCUGUAGCCAACACCACGCUGAUAGACGCCCUGCUGGACAAGGACUUCCAGCUCGUCAUCAAUGAUUCCGUUUAUAAUGUCUGCGCUCCUGAAAAGGUGUGCACCAGUGAGGAUGCCAUGGAGCUGGAGGAUAUGAAGCAUGUUGUGCAUCUGCUGCACACGGCGCUCCACCUGCCCGAACACCACCUGCUGAAAGAGAGGCAGCUGCUGGAGAGACUGGACAACCUCAAACAGGAGCUGUCACCUCUGGAGAAGAUGAAAGCCCAGCUGGCCCGUACAGCAGAUUUCCACAGCUCCAGGAUCGUCUGGACCGGCAUGGCUUUGUUAUCCGUGCAGGGCGGCGCUCUGGCCUGGCUCACGUGGUGGGUCUAUUCAUGGGACGUCAUUGAGCCGGUCACUUACUUCAUCACCUACGCCACCAGCAUUGGAGCCUUCGCCUAUUAUGUCCUUACCAGACAGGAUUACCUAUACCCAGACGCUAAAGACAGACAGUUCCUGAAUUAUUUCCAUAAGGCGGCCAGCAAGAAGAAAUUCAACGUGGAAAAAUACAAUGAACUGAGGGAUGAGCUGGCGGAGGUGGAGGAGGACCUGAAACGUCUGAGAUAUCCGACUGAAUAUCAGCUACCGCUUGAACAGCUCCAGCCAAAGCCAUGAACGAAGCAAUGCCAUGAAUAAUGAUCACUCACACUUAAAACACUCCAGAGCAAAAACAAGUUUUCUGCUUUAUUUUGAUAAUGGUGCCUUUUUACCAGGAAUCCAUGUCAUUCUGUGUUUGGUUUACAGUCUUGAUAAUGAUGCCAAUUAUGUCUUUAAGAAAUGUACAAAACACUGAGGACUAUUGAAAUAAAAAGUAUUUCCCGAACAUCGGGAGAAUCUCC